AAUGAACCAGGAAGAUUCUAUGAAUAAUAAAAUUAACUUUGCUGAAGGAAGCGAAUCGACCGAUAGUGGACAGGGAGUAUGCGGUGCCAUAUUGACCCUGUUAUCAUUGGCAGUGGCAGCAUGCACAUUUCCGUUUUCGCUAUUUUUUUGCAUCAAAGUUGUCCAGGAGUAUGAAAGGGCAGUCAUAUUUAGAUUGGGUCGUCUACUGCAUGGUGGUGCCAAAGGGCCUGGUAUAUUCUUUAUACUGCCCUGUAUCGAGCACUAUACAAAAGUCGACCUGAGAACCCUGACAUUUGAUGUACCGCCGCAGGAGGUCCUGACCAAAGAUUCGGUAACCGUAUCGGUCGAUGCUGUUGUCUACUAUCGUGUCCAUAAUGCUACCGUAUCGGUGGCCAAUGUCGAGAAUGCCCAUCACUCGACUCGUUUGCUGGCCCAGACUACUCUGAGAAAUAUGUUGGGAACUCAUAAUCUACAUGAAAUACUAUCCGAUCGGGAAAGCAUAUCAAACUCUAUGCAGACUGUCCUAGAUGAAUGUACCGGUGCCUGGGGUAUCAAAGUGGAACGGGUAGAAAUUAAAGAUGUUCGCCUACCCGUGCAAUUGCAACGGGCUAUGGCUGCCGAAGCCGAAGCCGCCCGCGAAGCCAGAGCUAAGGUCAUCGCCGCCGAAGGCGAGCAAAAGUCUGCCCGAGCUCUCAAAGAGGCGGCCGAAGUGAUAGCCCAAAGUCCGGCCGCUCUUCAGCUCCGAUAUCUUCAAACAUUGAACACAAUAUCGGCCGAAAAGAAUUCAACCAUAAUAUUCCCGCUUCCCAUCGAUUUUCUCAGUCAUUUCAUUAGAAAAUAAUUUAUAGGUUUUAUAGAGUAUAGGUAACAGUUAGUUAUUUUGAUGGGACGGUUAGAUUAAAUUUGUUGGGACUCUGAAACACAUACACACCACUACUACUUAAUGUCUAUCCGUUUUAUCUCUGAACCACCUAUUGUUUUACUUUACUCAGGUGUCUGUCUCUCACUAUUAUUAUUAUACAUCA